AGCCCCCGCGUUUUGUUUCGGAAGACUACAACGUCGUCAUGCCCAGGAAAUGCAUCGUGGAGAACUGUGACCGGUAUCGAGACCCAGGGUCAGGAGUGUCUUUCCACAGGCAAGUUCCCCUAAAUUUCUAUUCGUAGAAAGUGUACCCGCAAAAAAAAAAAAAAAAAAAAAAUUGUAUUAACAUUGUGCUAACUUCUCGUACUUCCAACGCCCCCAUGCGUGCUGUUUACUACGGCUUUGUAAUCGUACGAGUUCGCGUGUCUUUGUUUUUUAUGAUUAUCAUGUCAUUUAUUCUUCAUUGAGUCUAGUGCAAUAUCGCGCAUUGCGCAGAGCAUGCAAAGUGUCGUUUCACUUUCAUUUCGUACGUUCCACGAAUUAUAACACGGAAUAGCUAACGCGAAGUAGCCAGGAGAGCAAAAAUUAUUAAAUAGGAAACGACAUGUGCAUUUCACUAAACCGAAAGUGCAACAUAUCACAAUCUGAAGAGUUACGCGCGAAUACAAGAUAAUGCUAACGUGAAUGAGCAACCUCGUUCACUUUCGGUUUGCGGCUUCGUGAACAGCCGCGCUGUGUUAUCGCGAGGGUGAGUGAUGAUAACUCGAGGGCGAAUUCUAACAGAUUGCCGGUAUUUGAAAUGAAAUCCAGACAGUGAUAAGAUAACUUCGGCGCACAGUAAAGAUCCAGACCGUUCCGUAGUGGCAGGCCAACGCAUUUACAGCUGAGGUGGCGUGAGCAAAUUGAUAUAAAAAGGCCCAAACGGCGCGGUCUCGUCUCUUUGUUGCUACGUCCCCUCUAAAGUUCGAACGAGGAGUUCCUGUUUGUAAAUAAACGACUGCCAUAUACUCUAGAAAUGCGUCCUCGUAAAAUUAGUGAGGUUUAGUGGCCCGUACGCUAUCAGACUCCGCGCGCAAGGUGAUAGUUUAAUGCGAAAUGCGUAAGCGCUCAUCGAAAACCGGCUUUCGCGUAGUGGGCAGUGACACCAGCGACACUAACUCUACCAUCUACCGUGCCCAAGGCGAUAAUGUACUGGGCACUCAACCUCUCUAUUUUCGCGGAAUGAUAUUCUGAUCUGGCCCCACAACUUCUAGGUUUUGGUUGACUGUACCGAUGAAUACAGUAUGGUUACACUUGAGUUACUUGCUUUCCCUCAUAUGUGCAAGAGUGCCGGAUCAUUUGGUUACGCGUUUGUCGCAAGUCCCUAAUUAUGCUGUAACCUGACAAGUUUACACGUGUGGGACAAUGGCUCGACUCGGCUUUCCAUUCUUGUUCGUACAUCACCUCUUCUGCUUUCCCCUGCCUAAACAUAACCCACAGCAGUACCUGCAGUGGGUGCAGUGGUUAGAAGCUGUGCAUGGAAAGGCAUAUAACUACCGCAAGAGUGAUGGUGUUUGCUCACUGCAUUUCGAACAGUCAUCUUUCUUUGUCGGACAUCACCGAGCUAAAUUGAGGCCUGAUUCAUGCCCUUGCAUACCCCCAACGCAAUCCCAGCAACGCAAAAGUGCCAGCGUUAGGCAGGGAUUUGUACCAGACACGCAAGCACCGGAACCACCACCAUUACCAAAAGAGGUUGCAGAACUUGGGAAGGAUCCACAAUCAUCUCAGGCAUUUUUUAGACAGCACCGGGAAGGAGAGCAAAGCGGUGAACAAGCUGACACCGAAGGCACAAGCUUGGUGGAAACAGGAGACCUUGAGACUUCGCUUCGGCAGGUUUCUGAGACAGGAUUCGAAUUCCUGCAAACAUCUUCCCCGAGCUUUGAAGUCUUGACCAUUCCAGUAGAAGAGCUGUGUGAGAAACCUCAAAAAUGCUAUGAUGAAAGUGGGUCGCAUAGCCCUUGACCAAGCAGUGAAGUCAUGAGAGAGCAAGAACUACCAGAAGAGUACUACGAGGCUACAGUGGUCUCUGCAUCGUCUACGAGUCCUUCUCACCUGGCCGAACAAAGUUAUUCGGCAAAGAGGCAGUGCCAUGAAGUUUCACAAACCCCUCCCAAAAAUGUAAACGCCACCUUACAAGACCAUUCCUACAUAUCACGAACUACACCUCGCACCAAGCUAAAGGUUAUCCACCGCCACCUGGGAAGGGCAAGAAAGAGACUAUAUGCAGUAAAGCAAGCAAUCAGGCGACGCGAAAAAAAAUCCGAAACCUGAAGAACAUGAUCAGUGACCUGAGGAGCAAAAACCUCAUCUCAGACGAGGCAGAACAGCAGCUAGAAUCUUUUGGUGAACUACCUGAUGAACUGCUCAAGGUAUGGAAGAAAAACCAAAACCGAAGGCCAACAGGCCAAAGGUACAGCGAGAGCUUCCGAAAAUUUGCCAUGACAGUGCACUACUAUUCUCUGAGAGCGUACAGGUAUCUUGCGGAGCAAUUCCCAAUGCCUACUGAAGAGACGAUACGAAGUUGGCUAAACGUUGUUGAGGCCUGACCCGGAUUCACAGCAGAAUCUUUAACCCACCUGCAGCAAAAAUUCAAAGAUGCCCCAGAUGAAGACAAGCUAUGCAGCCUGAUCACGGACGGAAUGAGCAUCAGGAAAAGGUGUGACUUGGACCUAAAGAGUGGAAAGCUGAUUGGCUAUGUAAAUUUUGGACACUCCCUAUCACAAGAAGAUUAUGACGAUGCACAACUGGGGGGGGGGGACAGAUUCUCUUGUUCUGAUGGCAGUUGGCGUCACAGUACCGUGGAAGCUGCCCAUAGCCUACUUCCUGAACAAUGGGUGCUCAGGCGACAUACUCAAAUCAAUUAUUAUCGAUGGAAACCAUAGCAUUGAAGAGUGUGGCCUACGUGUCACCUCCAUCGUUUGUGAUGGUCUUGCGUCGAACGUCAGCAUGGGGAAACUUCUUGGCUGUCAAAUACAUGUCCAUCGGUCAGAAGAAUUUCGCACCUGGUUCCCACAUCCUCUGAGACAAGGUGAAAAAAUUUUUCUCGUGUUUGAUGCCGCACAUGGUCUGAAGCUGUUGAGAAACCUCUUGGGAGAUAAAGGCUCCUUCUGCAGUAGUCACUAUGGUGAAAUCCGAUGGAGCUACAUCACAGAGCUACAUAAGCUACAGGACACUGAAGGCUUCAGAGCAGCAAAUAAACUGACCCGAGCACACAUCGAUUAUCGAAAGCACAUAAUGAAAGUGCGGCUGGCUGCGCAGACGUUCAGUGCUUCGGUGAGCACUGCCUUGAAGUUCUCAAAAAUGCUCGGACUGCCGGCCUUUCGAGGGAGCGAAGCAACAGAAAAGUUCCUUGAAGACAUAAACGAUGACUUGUUCUCACUGCUCUCCAGGCCCUUUGAGCUCCUUAAUACCUACCGGCAAAAUGGCACCAGGUCGAAAGCUCCUCUUCAGCCAUCAACGUUUCAGCAACAAAAGUCUAGCAUGCUUGCCACAUCCUCGAAGUUAAUGACACUGCAACUUCCCCCUGGAGGACUCUCAACUCAGGACAGCCGAAGAAUGUCUGUCAUCAGUCUUGCUUUCACUCUCAAAAGUGUAUUGGAGCUGUCAGUACCUCUUCAAUCAUAACCUGUGCAACCGCAUUUGCACGUACCGCUUUAGUCAAGAUCAUUUGGAGGUGUUCUUCGGCUGCAUCUGCCAGAGGGGAGGAUGGGACAAUAACCCAUCGGCGCUGCAGUUCCGUUAUGCCUACAGAUCACUCUUAGUGCAUUCUGAUGUGACGAGUUCAGCGUCAGGGAAUGUUUCUCCAGACCUGGACGGAAUACAGAUGUUACGUCACCAGGGCACAGAAUGACGAGAUCAGCACCACGAAGCAGACGCAACUGAAGUGUUUUAUGGCGGACAAGCCUCGAGCAAUGUGACUGCUGCACUUCUUGGGCAUGACUGCGGGAACAUAUCUGGACUCACGGAUUUCAGUGACACAGUGCCCAAGUAUGUUGGUGGCAACCUUGUGACUAAAGCAUGCAAAACAAUCACCUGCCAUGGGUGCCUGGACACCCUUGUAGAUUCUAGUGAGAGAAGUCUCCUCCUUUCCCUGAGGGAUAAGGGAUACACCACUUACCCUUCGCUUUUUGUUGUCAAUGCCUUACGCUGCGCAGAGCACAUCUUCAAACUUCAAACGCGGGCUGCAGUGUCAGCACUUCAGUCAUUAGUACUCAAGUCCUUUCAGCUAUUCAUGGACUUGCACCACCAUGUCACUCAGCUGCCGCACCUCAUUGCUGCAACAAAGGUCAUCAUGAGAAAGUAUCUUACACUCAGACUCAGGGAGGCAUCUCGAUGCACCAGCGAACAAGCCCAGGGAUCGUAUGUGAGACGCAUUUUAACCAAGCAGAUUUUGUUUAGAAAUCAGUGAUGAGAGUCAGUGAUGUGUGCUUUUUGAAGUGGACCACCUGGGUACCUUGUACUGAAUAGCGGUAGCGUCCCAAAACAUGCAAAGUUACACCAGCAGGUGCCCAUAGACAGCUCGUUUUUAAGAAAAAUUCGUCUAUAAGUCAUGGUUCUCCUCAUGACCGUGGACGACAACUGGUCGCGCCAAAUCCCAAAUUCAGAGCUCUAGUGGCUCAAAAUCUUAUGGCACAUUUCUAGACUUUUUUAUGCUCACAGUACUUGUUUCUGCAGCUUUAAAACAUAUCGGCAGAUCACCUGCGAUCAAUAAUGAUUCGCGCGAACAUCAGUUUCUCGCGUUUUCCUUAGUACCAGUCUAGGUAGAUCUGGCUCACUUAAAAAAAAGGGUGGCCUCUUCAUAUACGAACACAGAAACAUUAAUCAUGCAAGAUUAUGAAACAGCAGCUGUAUUAUUUAUUCCCUUUUACCAUUGUCAUUUAGUUACUAACUAUUCUUACCUAGUCAGUUGAUUUCCAAUACUGCUGUUAUCCCUGCUGAAUGAAGUGCUGUUGGUAGUGUAAUCUAUUCAUUUCACUUCUUUUGUAAUCAUGUAAGAUUUUUUUUUUUUUGGCAAUGUUGGAACGCCGCAACGCUUCCCUGCUGUUCAUUUUGCGACCCAAGCACUACUAAGACGACAUACUCUUGUAUGAAAAUUUUUGCACGCAUAGGUUGACAAUGGACCUAUCUGUCAGGAAUACAUGACUGCUCUGAUAUUCUGCUCAAAAAUGAAUAAACCUAUUGUGAAGCUUUCCAUCACAAACAUGCUGUUUGCCGGUUUCAGCAGAGAAAUUCAUCUUCUUCUAUGGGCAGAUUGGAUGAUGUAAUUUGUAUCUUACGUGAGUGCUCCCAUUUGAAUGAAUAGAUCUGCUUAAUAUGCUUGUUCGCGCAAACAACCAGGAAGAAAGCAAGCGCACCGUUCUCUUGUAACACAGUUUCAAAAGGGACGUUAAGAAAGCUUACCUAAUAAAUGUGUGCAAUCCGGUG